AUGCGGUUUGCUCUCUUCGCCGGCUUGGCGUCCCUCGUCUCCUCCGUGACUGCCACUGCCCUCACCUACAAGCUCGAGGCGAAUGAGAAAGCAUGCUUCUUCACCAACGUUGACCAGAGCAACGCCAAGGUGGCAUUCUACUUUGCUGUCCAAUCCGGCGGAUCCUUCGAUGUCGACUACACCGUCACCGCACCGGGCGGCAAGAUCGUCCUAGACGGAACAAAGGAGCGCCAGGGUGAUUUCGUCUUCACUGCCCAGAGUGUUGGCGAGUACACCUUUUGCUUCAACAACGAGAUGUCGACUUUCGCCGAGAAGAUGGUCGAUUUCGAGAUUGCGGUCGAGAAUGAACAGCGCGCCCAACUGCCCUCCCGCCAAGGCGCCAGCCCCGAACAAACCACCAGCCUGGAGGAAUCCAUCUACAAGCUCUCCGCUCAGCUGUCAACCGUCUCCCGCAACCAGAAGUACUUCCGCACACGCGAGAACCGUAAUUUUAGUACCGUGCGGAGUACCGAGCGCCGUAUCUUCAACUUCAGCGUUAUUGAGUCUUUGAUGAUGGUUUCCAUGGCGGCGUUGCAGGUCUUUGUUGUGCGCUUCUUCUUCCAGGGUGCCCGGAAAGGUUACGUGUGA